GCUCUAAGCAUCAGUUAAGAUUUUUCGCUCACUACCGAACUAUGCGUGGUGCGAGAUGGUAUGUUCUCUGACCAGCGGCAAGGCCUGCGCCGACAGCGGAGACGCUUGCCCGGACCCGCCAUCGCGCUCCACGCCGGAGGGCGGCGGACUCGAGGUCGCCGAGAACAUGUCGUCGUCGCUCAGUGAUGCGCACCGACGCAACAACAAUCAUCACCUGGACCAGGGCGAUCGUAGCUCGUCCGCGGGCUCCUCGCUGGGCUCGUGUUCACCACCGCCCGCAUCGAGCCAUUCGCCGCCGCCACCGCGGCCACCCUGGCUUCACGAUUUUCCCGCGGCCGCGCCCCACGUUCUGCAGUUCCUCAAUCUGAGCGCAGCUGGCGGUGGCAUGCUCGGCAGCCAGCCGCUGGCAGCGUUGCACUCUAUGGCGGAGAGAAGUCAUCAUCAGCAACAACAACAACAGCAGCAGCAGCAGCAGCAACAACAACAGCAUCAGCAGCAUCAGCAGCCGCAACAACAACAGUCGCACCAACAGCAACAUCAUACGUCGCAUCAGCAACAGCAAGGUGGCAUCCAGCUGUCGCGCAUCACGGUACCGCCGCUCUCCACCAUUACUCAGGGUCAAUCGUCGCCCACCGGUAGCGGCAAACACAGCCCGGCGACCUCCAUAACCUCCGUCGGCAGUAACCCUCACGGCAUCGACACAAUACUCUCGAGACCGACGGCAACGGUCCACCCUCAGGCAACGGUUCCGGCGUCGCACGGGGCCCUCCCGCCGGCACCGCAUCCCCAACACAUGACCGCACCGCGGUACGCCAUGCAUGCCGGCUUCACGGCGUCCUCGGGUAUUGGACAAUUUCAACAAAGAACGGAACCACGACACCCCGCUGUCUAUUGGCCGGGUCUUCAGGGACUAGUCAGCGAUCCUCUUGCAUGGCGAGCAAGAUUACAUACACUGUCGCAACAGCUGGGCUGUCAGCAAGCGAUGACGGGCGCGGGCGGCGGUACCGGGGAACACGAUGGCGGUAAGAAGAAGCACACGAGGCCUACGUUCAGUGGACAGCAGAUCUUCGCUCUGGAGAAGACCUUCGAGCAGACCAAGUACUUAGCCGGCCCAGAGCGCGCCAAAUUAGCAUACGCCCUCGGAAUGUCGGAAUCCCAAGUCAAGGUGUGGUUCCAGAAUCGGCGGACAAAGUGGCGGAAGAAGCACGCGGCGGAGAUGGCGACGGCGAAACGGCGGCAGGAGGAGGUCGAGGGCGUCGUCGCCGAGGGUGAGGACGGUUGCAGCGACGCGGAAACCGAUGGUGGUAGUGGCGGUGGCGCCGGCGGCGAAACCGCCGCGAAAAGACUGCGAAGGGAACUCGAGCAGCAAUACAGGCAUUGAGAACCGCCGGUCCGGACGGCGGGGGUGGACCCGGGGACACGCGGGGACGCGAAAAAAGGGAAAAGAGGGUUGCAGGAGGAGAAGGCUAAGGCGUGGCCCGGGGGCGGCGCGUAUCAAAGGAUUCCUCGCGGCUUGUUCGGAGAACAAUGCGCGUGUCGGCUCGCGGAUGAUCGCGGAACGACUGAACGGCGGCGCAGAGAAAGAGAGGAAGAAAAAAAAAAGGGGGUGACGUACGUGAGAGUGUGUGUACGCGUGUCUUUCUUCGUGAUUUAGCCGGACGCUUAACGCGGCAUCGCAAGUGAUGUACGGAAUGUCCGGGAAGUCGCGCGUCUUCUCCGAACAGCG